GGGGGGGGGGGGGGUUUGGUCGUCAUCUCACAGCCGUCACCAUGGUAACCCGGGACGGAACCACAAUCGCGGGAUGCGCAACAAGGACUGUAUCGUGACAAGAACAUCGCCGGAUCGGAUGAUCUGGCAUACACAGACUAAUGGCCAAGCUAGCACUGAACAACCCUGAAUUAAAGUCUAUCGAACAGGGGGUCAAGAAUCGGUUCAAAUGGAGCUGGUUGCUGGAGACUGUCCAAGUUGAGGGAAACACUUUCUCACUCAAUUGCUUUAGCAAAAUUAGAGAACCAGGCAAAGCUAUUUGCAACAUUUGCAACCACCCUAUUAACUAUGGCACAAGUGGGAAGAUUGCACUCCGGAAACAUAUGAUGCAUCCAAAACAUGUGAAACUGUGGAAGAUCCAACAGCAGAACAUGCACAUUGAGAUCGCACGAGCUGAUAACAUCAUUGUUGCGGCUCCGCACAACAACUCGGCGCAACCCAGAUCAAUUCCUCCUCGAUGCAACCGUGUUGCUCAGGAUCAAGCACUCAUUCUUGGAUUCAUUGCUGAAAAUUCUCUUCCCCUGUCCGUCACGUCUGGGAUUAUUAAAUUGGCUCAAGAGUUGGCCAAAGAUCCAAAAGCACUUGCUGAACUGUCAAUGGACAGGGCAUCUGCCUCAUACAAGCUCACCCAUGGUGUGAAGAAGACUAUCCUGGAUGAAGUACUUGAGGAAAUCAGAAAUGUCCCCUUCUCCCUUAACAUAGAUGAGGCCACAAGCAAGACAAACAAAAGAGUAUUAGGUGUGCUUGUCAGCUACUGGUCCGAGAAACAUGAGAGGAUGGUUGUCCAACACCUUGCACCUUUGGAGCUCAUAUCUGUAACAGCAGAAUCUCUCUUCAGUGCACUGGAUGGACUUUUUGAAAGGAUGAAUCUCCCAUGAGAUAAUCUGGUGUCAAUUCUCAUGGAAUCCUGUGCUGUUAUGAGGGGCUCUAAAAAUGGCUUGGGAAAGAAGAUCAGAGACCACCGUGCCCCUCAACUCCUUGACAUCGAUGGUGACUCAUGUCACCACCUUCAUAAUUCCAGCAAGAAAUUGUGCUGUCCUUUUGAGCGUUGGGUUGAGUCUUUGCUGUCAGACCUGCACACAGACCACAAAUGGUCAGCUGACAUGAAAGAUGGCCUCAGAGAAAUUUGCAGCAUAUUUGGAAUCCAUUUCUCGCGGCCAGAGUGCUAUAUUCCACACCGGUGGCUCUCAGUCUUGGAUGUCAGUCUGGAAGUACUGCGAAUGUGGGAUGCACUGGUCAUGUUUUACUAUGCCUUCCUGAGCAAUGAAGAUAAGUGUACAUACAAGGACAUUGUCAGUGCUAUUCUACAGAAGCGUAAAGUACAGGGAACAGGCAGGGCCCGGAUCAAGGAGUUGUGGAAGGAGUUGGGGAACAGGUCCAAGAACUUCACAAACGAGGGGAAGAUGAGGAAGGUCAGGAUUUGCAAGAAGGUGCUAUUUGAGGACAAGAAAACCCUCCUUGAGCUCCACUUCUAUUCAGCAGUCCUUCCCAUGCUGAAACAUUACGUCCUGCUUUUUCAGUCCAAGGACCCAAAGGUUCAUAAACUCCAUGAUGAGUCCUAUCAAGUGGUCAAAUACAACCUGAAGGCCAUGCAGGUGUCGGCCAUUCAGCACUACUCCCGGAAGACAAAGGAGAGUCCUGUUAAUGUACAGCUGUGCAGAAAUGUAAAACGAUCGAGCCAAAGGUACAGAGCUCUGCUCAGAGAUAAAGAAGAACUGAACAAAAGGCCUUAUCACUCUGAGAAGCCAACGGCCGGCAAGAAAAUGGCAAAAGAUGCCAUCGUGGCAGCAGCUGUGAGUGCCAGGCGCAAAUUCCAAAAGAAACGUGUAGAGUCUCUAAAAAAGCUCGUACAAGAGUCAUACAAAAAUUGA